UGGCGGUGCGGGAGGAGCGCCGGGGCUUUGCGCUCGCCCCCCACCCCCCCCACCCCCGAGGCUGUUGGAAAGAAGUUCCAUUUUUCUUUGAGGAACUGAGUUGAUGGGCUUGGUUGGAUUUGGGUCGCUGUGUGCGGAAUCCCUGGACAUGAUUCUCUCGUACACUUAAAAAGUCGUCUCUGGCACUUGAAUUUCCAUGAAGUUGUGGGUGCUUUGCUGUUCAUUUCCUGGUAUUCGCUUGGUAGAAACGUAGUGUAUGUUGUCAGAUAUAUAAUGAAAAAGAAUUAUUACAAGGGAAAUUGGAUCUUCUUAGUGAUACCAACAUGGUAGACUUUGCUAUGGAUGUCUACAAAAACCUUUAUUCUGAUGAUAUCCCGCAUGCUUUGAGAGAAAAAAGAACCACAGUUGUUGCACAGCUGAAACAGCUCCAGGCAGAAACAGAACCAAUUGUGAAGAUGUUUGAAGAUCCAGAAACUACAAGGCAGAUGCAGUCAACCAGGGAUGGUCGAAUGUUAUUUGACUACUUAGCAGACAAGCAUGGGUUUAGGCAGGAAUAUUUAGAUACACUCUACAGAUACGCAAAAUUCCAAUAUGAGUGUGGGAAUUACUCAGGAGCGGCAGAAUAUCUUUACUUCUUUAGAGUUUUGGUUCCAGCAACAGAUAGAAAUGCAUUAAGUUCACUCUGGGGAAAACUGGCCUCUGAAAUCUUAAUGCAGAAUUGGGAUGCAGCCAUGGAAGACCUUACUCGGUUAAAAGAGACCAUAGACAAUAAUUCUGUGAGUUCUCCACUCCAGUCUCUUCAGCAGCGGACAUGGCUUAUUCAUUGGUCUCUGUUUGUUUUUUUCAACCAUCCAAAAGGCCGUGAUAAUAUUAUUGAUCUCUUCCUUUACCAACCACAGUACCUUAACGCCAUCCAGACAAUGUGUCCACAUAUUCUCCGCUAUUUGACUACUGCCGUCAUAACAAACAAAGAUGUGCGGAAACGCCGGCAGGUGCUGAAGGAUCUAGUGAAAGUUAUUCAGCAGGAGUCUUACACAUACAAAGACCCAAUUACAGAAUUUGUUGAAUGCUUAUAUGUUAACUUUGAUUUUGAUGGGGCUCAGAAAAAGCUGAGGGAAUGUGAAUCAGUGCUUGUGAAUGACUUCUUCUUGGUGGCUUGUCUUGAGGACUUCAUUGAAAAUGCCCGUCUCUUCAUAUUUGAAACUUUCUGUCGUAUCCACCAGUGUAUCAGCAUUAAUAUGUUAGCAGAUAAACUGAAUAUGACUCCAGAAGAAGCUGAAAGAUGGAUUGUGAAUUUGAUUAGAAAUGCAAGGCUGGAUGCCAAGAUUGAUUCUAAACUAGGUCACGUGGUAAUGGGUAACAAUGCAGUCUCACCCUAUCAGCAAGUGAUUGAAAAGACUAAAAGUCUUUCUUUUAGAAGCCAAAUGUUGGCCAUGAAUAUCGAAAAGAAACUUAAUCAGAACAGUAGAUCAGAGGCUCCCAACUGGGCAACUCAAGAUUCUGGCUUCUAUUAAAGAAAUAUAAAGAAAAGAAGAAAAAAAAAGAAUCAAGGAAAGACACUGUAACCAUUAUAUAUAAAGGGCGACAUACAUUUUUAGAAGCAAUUGACAUGUUUACUAUAAAUUUUGGACAAUUUAAAUAAAAUCGGCUAUGAUUAAUUUUUAUCUUUCUUGAA